CGAGGAGGUUGGCCUUGUAUCCGGAGCCCAGGGAUGGUGUGUGCAUCCAGGUGAAAUAUGGCGAUGGAUCAGCACGCCGCAGAAGAUUCUAUGUAACGCAGUCCAUUCAGAUUCUCUUUGACUUUGCGGGGUUAGACGACAUGGCAACAGACGUGUUCCACAUUCAGACAGCCUCCUCAUCCACCACCACGCCCAGCACGAGCACUGGGACCCUGUCUGAGCACGGCAUCACCACCCCCUCCACCGUAUAUGUGCUGUGGCUAGGCCCUGGGGAAGUGGAGGAAAGACUUACCCUAAAUGCAUUGGUGGCAGUACCAACAUCUGUCCUCCCAUCGCAUUCUACUGCUAUACAUUUACUGGAGUCCACUGCAGCCACAGAGCUCAACACUGCCCCCUCUGGUAGUCAGGACAACCUGAGCCACAAACACAAGGAAUUGGCUCGGCCUCCAGGGGGCACUGUUGCUGAGGCUGUAGAGGACUCUAUUGUGGCGCUCUCUUGGCCCUGGUUCAUCCCCAUUGAGGACACUGCAGUGGAGAGACCCUCUCUUAGCCCCUCCCACUCCACCAUGCCCUCUGUGACAUCACUGCCCAACCCCCACCCAUGUGCCAAGAGGAGGCGGAUGCAGUACAGCUGGCUGCUGGAGAGGGAGAGGGCGGAGCUGCAGCGGGAGAGGGCGGAGCUGCAGCGGGAGAGGGCGGAGCUGGAGCUGGAGAGGGCGGAGCUGCAGCGGGAGAGGGCAGAGCUGGAGAUGGACAGAGCGGAGCUUGCACUGGAGAGGGAGCAGGAGGAGGCCGAGCUGAAGAGGGAGAGGGCGGAGCUGCAGAGAGACAGAGCACACGUGGAGCGUAGUCGAAGAGCACUCUUCCUGUUUCACACUCUGCUGCGGAAACUCUGAGGCUCUGAGCACUUCCUGUUUCACACUGCUGUGGAUUCUGAGGCACUGUGCACUUCCUGUUUCACACUGCUAUGGAUUCUGAGGAGCUGUGCACUUCCUGUUUCAUACUGCUGUGGAAUCUGAGGCGCUGUGCAGUUCCUGUUUCACACUGCUGUGGAUUCUGUGGCGCUGUGCACUUCCUGUUUCACACUGCUGUGGAUUCUGAGGCGCUGUGCACUUCCUGUUUCACACUGCUGUGGUAUUUCUGAGGUGCUUGUACAAGCCCAAGAAAGUGAACUUUCUGGCAGCCUUGGAGUUUUAAGUAGAUUUUAUUGAAUUAGCCACAAGUAUACCAGCCAUUGUAAAGCUGGCAAGCCAAAAGAAACUUCUGCAAAUAUUUAAAAUAUCCAUCAUAUGUGAAACCUUUCUGGACAAAAUGGAAAACUUCCAAUGUAAUUGAAAUAAUAAAAACUCCCGAAAGUGAA